AUGAGCAUGUUGAGACGGGCCAUCACACGGAGACACGACGUCUUUCGCCGGAGCACGGUGGGCGCUCGCCGCUACCUACACCUUGCGCCCCCGUUCCUCCUGGACGAUUACACGCCCCGUUACAUGACCUUGACCUCCAUCGAUGAAUCCAAAAAGCGAUCAAAGGCCUACGCCCAUCUUUCCAAGUGCAACCUCUGUCCGCGACUUUGCGGUGUCAAUCGUUUCGAGACGACUGGAAUGUGUCUGAUCGGCAAUGACACCAAGGUCAACGUGAUUGCUCCGCAUUUUGGUGAAGAACCUUGCGUUCAAGGGCACAAUGGCAGUGGCGCCGUAUUCUUCUCGGGUUGCAAUCUGCGUUGCGUAUUCUGCCAAAAUCAUGACAUUGCACAUCAGCGUAACGGUCAAGACUUGACAUCCGAGGAGCUGGGUGAAUGGUACGUCAAGCUACAGCAGAUCGGCCGAGUUCAUAACAUCAACCUCAUCACUCCGGAGCAUGUUGUGCCCCAGGUUGUCCUCAGCAUAUUGCAUGCGAAGGAGCUGGGCCUGCGAGUGCCAAUCAUCUACAAUACCUCCAGCUUUGAUUCGUUAGCGUCCUUGGAGCUACUUGAUGGCUUGGUAGACAUCUAUUUACCUGACUUCAAGGUAUGGGAGUCGGCGACAUCCAAGCGGUUGCUCAAGACAGACGACUAUGCCGCCACGGCUCGCGAGAGCAUCAAAGCAAUGCACAAUCAGGUCGGUGACCUGUGCUUUACUGGAGAUGGCAUCGCCAAGAGCGGCCUUCUAGUUCGCCAUCUUGUCAUGCCCGGAAAGGAACAAGAGGGACACCGCAUAAUGCAGUUCUUGGCAGAGGAAGUUUCCAGAGAUUGCUUCGUCAACAUUAUGGAGCAGUACCACCCAGACGCGCACGUUGGCAAGUCUAAGAGACGCAACAAAAAGAGCACCGACACCCAGGACGACGAUGUCCGCUAUAGCGAAAUCAACCGAGCCGUAUCGGGAGACGAGGUAUCCUCGGUCCGAAAGGCAGCGGAAGCGGCUGGUCUAUGGCGGUUCUGCGAUCCUCCUCGGCACGACGGCUUCAACAUCUGA